AUGAAAGGUAACUGGCUUUUGGUUUUGAGCAUCAUCUUGUUAAUAUAUGCAGCUCAUGGAUGUCCUGACAAAUGCCUGUGCUAUACAGCUUCAAAGACUGCAGACUGCAAGAAUAGAGGAUUUACUGAAAUUCCUGCCCGUCUGCCUCCUGAAAUUCAGAUACUACAGUUGCAGAAUAACCGUAUUUGGAGAAUCAACCAAAAUGUGUUCACUGGAACACCACUGCUCAAAAUCUUAGACUUGUCUAAUAAUUCUCUCUCAAGUUUGGCACCAGGUACUUUCAGUUUCCUCCCACACCUGAAAGAACUGGACUUGUCAUCCAACAGCAUCAUACGUUUGCCUGAGACUUUUGGAAACAGCACAGGGAAUAUAACAUUGCUGUCUCUGAAGCAUAACAAACUUCAGAAAAUGGAAAGAGUUCUGCUGGAGUCACUUCCAAACCUGAAAGUGGUUCUUUUCAAAGAUAAUCCCUGGCAAUGUAAUUGUAAUGUCUUUGGCCUGAAACUGUGGCUGGAGAGCUUUUUAUACAGAGGAGGAAUAAGUGAUGGCAUUAUCUGCUCAACGCCAGGGAUUCGGAAGGGAAAGGACCUCCUCAAAGUUCCCUAUGAGCUGUUUGGGGCUUGCCCGCUAAGGACAGCUCACUUCCAUCUGGCUAGCAUUCACCACCACAGCUUUGAGCACAGGAGUUCUCUGAAACACGCUCAUCACAACGAACACGGGGAAAACAGCCGGGCAAACUGUGAACCCAAACCAAAGCCAAGGCCUGUUAGUUUGCGUCAUGCAAUUGCCACUGUAGUAAUAACUGGAGUUGUCUGUGGAAUUGUGUGUCUAAUGAUGUUGGCAGCUGCUGUUUAUGGUUGUGCCUAUGCUGCAAUUACUGCUAAAUACCACAGAGAACAUUUGGCCCCGGUCACACAGCAUGGGACUCCUGAGGAAAAAGAGCCAUUUGAUAGUUCCUUGGCUUGA